GAGAUUCAAGCAGAUCGGGGCUAGAUGUCGGAGGGAAUGAGGCUGAAGGGAUGGGCGCCGUCCGCGAAAGCUCUGGCGGGUAGCAGACUCCUUCGGAGAAGAAGAGCAACCGACAAAGGAUGGUACGAGUGAAGGUGGCGGAAGGAACCCUCCGCAUGAAGAGGAUGAGAGGAAAAACGGAGGCGAUGAUGGGCGGGGAUGGAGGUGACGAUGGAGAACGUGCCUCGGGAAAAAGGCCGCCGAAGGAAGAGGGUGGGAUGGCACGUAAGAAAGUGAGGAGGCCCGAUGGUUUGACCAUCCGCGAAGGACAAGCCGUGGGUGGAAGAGAUUCGGCUGAUCCAGGCGCUGCGGCCGCGAGAGAACCUUCGGGGAAAUCGAAACGGAAAGUGGCAGCUGAAGAAGGCGAUGGCCAGAAGAAACCUCGAAGGCGGAAGACUGCUAAGGCGGCGAGCGGGGGCGAACGGCCUGUCGGUAAGGAGUGCGACAAAGCGGUAGCGUUCUGGCUCGAAUACGAGCGGAACGAUGGCGGUGAGAUCGUGGAGAAGGAGCUCCCCGUCCAACUGCUCAUUGACCCCAGGAAGGUCAGUCUCAACGAGAAAACGAGACACAAGAUGUCUAAGCAGCGAUCGCAGAAGGCCGCGUUCUUGGACAUGCGGGAGGCAUGGGAGAAAGAAGGAAGGUCGAUGGCCAUUCAAGGGAACCCUUCCAGCAAGGAGGCCGAAAAACAAAAGUUUUUCGAAUUCCAGAAGCUGUUUUUCGGAAAGAGUCCGAACGAAGCUCACUGGACGUUGGCAAAAAAAGAUUUGUCGCUCGCCGACAAGGACUAUGUCGCUGCCGUUGGCAAUGCAUUGAGGCAGUGGAUGCCGGUCGUGACGGCCGGUGAUGACGUUUUUUGCAAAGCCAUGGAGUUCUACGCGAAAUGGGCGGAGGGGAAGUUAUUGGGCGGCGACGACAAAACGCCAUUGUCGAGGCUGGGUAAAUACAUGCCAAGCAAAUCUCCAGGUCUGCAAGCAAUUCCUGAAAUUGGCACGAAAGGGGUGGCUGGUGAAACGAAGAUGGGGUGGCUGGUCCGGGUCCCGCCGCCUCCGACCAGAAAGAAAACGCAAGCAGACGACAAGUUUUUCGUGGUCGUGAAGGAGCCAGACAUGUUUUGUUGGCAGUCUCUCGCCGACAUGAUCGAUGUCAAGAAACUGUCGAUCCUCGACGACAUUCUCUCACUGAGGGGAGUGUUCAUGCAAUCCGUGGGCGGCUAUCUGAAGCGUCAGCAUAAACCUGGAAUUAAAGAAAUGGUUGCGACGACGAAAGUGGACCGUGUGAUGCUCCGUAUGUUCCUCUACAUCUUGUUCCUUAAAACGGAGGAGGACGAACGUGUUUGGCACCACGGAAGCCCUUUUUUUCGGACCGAGGGGAAGCUUCUGGAGGAGUUCGGGCCGCAGGGCCUCACGAAACAGGUGUGGGUCGAAAUGCGAAAGCAUUUCCAGGGCGCGGUGGAGUACGUGAACGCUUGCAAACGUACUCUUCCGCACGAGAAGGAGUCCAUCGACGACGCGAAAAGAUUGUACGAUGAUGACAGGUCCCCUAAAUCUUUCGAAAAGUCUGUCCGUUCCAUCUUGCGACGGACGAAAGAAGAAGUUCGAGACACGAUCAGGGUCAGCGGGGAUGUGAGGCACAUCAAAUGGCCCGACCUCAACCGGGUGACCAGCCUUAUUCCUUUCGCUUUCCCGCCUUCCCAAGCUCACAGUCAUGUCACUGCGAUCCGUAAGGUUGUGCGACAUUACGUGUGCAACCUGUACGUCCUCGAUUUGUGUGAUCCCACACUCCUCACAGAUUGGCGAGAAGACGAUUUCGCCAACUUGCAAGGCCUUCUACAAACACUUUCGCCAACGCACUAGGCACUUGUGAUUUUUUUCCCCUCUCGUUGGGAGCUCAGUUUCUUGAAAGGCAUGGCCUGGCUUAGCGUCCAUCACGUCAGGACAGGGAAGUGGGUACGUAAUGCACAAAAGC